GGCUGUGGGCGCGCAAUAAACCCAGGCACUCUGGACCCUGGGACGAAGAAACGCGUGCCGCUCGUAGCCGCAGGGCCCCGUCGCGUGGGAGGCGUGAUCGGACGACUGCCGAAUCCGGCGUAGCGCUGGCGCUUAUGUAAGGGAGGAGGCAACGGCGGAACCAUUUCUCAAUUUCCUCCUCGUCCCCAACGCGCUCGGUGCUCACCGACGCCCGCGUCCCCCAGAGCCCCUUCAGCCCCCCUGCCCGACGCAGUCAUCCGACGCAGCGCUCAUGUCGUCAACCAAGCCCACCGCCAUCAUCUUUGGUGGACUCAACACCUACUCGCGCGCACUCGCCGCGCACCUCGUACCGCUUGAGGGGGAGCCAUUAGUAUCUCACGUUCGCAUCGUCGACAAGUACUCAGUGAAGCCGCCAACAACCUACAUUGGCGCCGAAUUCCCCAAGAUCCUCGACAAGCCCGAGGUCGACUACCACCAGGCAAAUGUCACCGUCGCAUCCACCAUAGCAUCCAUGUUCGACCCGCCAGAGGGCGUCGCCGGCUACGACUACGUCUUUGACUUUACCGGCGAGAUUCGCCCAGAUCGGCUCGAAAAGAUCCACAUCCAGUGGACCUUCAACGUCGCCCGCCUCAUCGCGACCGAGGCCGCAAAACGGAAUGUCAAGGCGUACGUGCGGCUGCAGCUGCCGUUCUACGAGACCUCGUCGAAAACGCCCGCGACGGAGAAGGACGACGUGAAGCCGGAGGACAGCAUCGGGACGUGGUGGCACGAGACGCUGCGCAUGUUGGGCGCGAUGGAGAACCUCAACGUCGUCGCAUUACGCAUCGGCCACGCAUACGGCCCAUAUGUCAAUUUCGGAAUCAUCCCGACCCUCAUCACCGUCGCCUCCGUCUACGGCUACCUCAAGAAGCCCAUGAAGUCAUUAUGGGGCCCCGGCAAGCACGGCAACAACACCGUGCACACCGACGACGUCGCCGGCGCGAUGUGGGCGUGCGCCGAGUGGAUGGCGGCCCUGGGGAGAAAGGCGGCGGACGAGAAGGCGGGCGAGGACAUCCCAUUCCACAACGACAAGGCGAAGGUCGCGGAGGUGGAGGGCAUGAUCCCGCCGGGGCAGAAGGUUAAGCUGCCGUUGUUCAAUCUGGUCGACGACUCGAAUAGCACGUUUGCGAGCGCGGGGUCGACGGUGACGGAGCUCUUCGGCACGACGUUCGAGUUUUUCAACUUUUUCGAGAACACGAUAUUGAAGAUGGCCGACGUCGUCGAGGACAUCAACGAGCACCACGUCGGCGGCUGGACCGAGAUGGUCCAAAAGUCGAACCCGCCCGUCCCGAACACGCCCCUCUCCGCCUACAUGGACGCGUACCAGCUCGAGAAGCACGUCUGCGCGUUCAGCAACCAGAAGAUCAAGGACGUGGUCGGGUAUAAGCUGAAGAAACCCAGCUUCGACCAUGAGGGGAUUCGGGAGGUGGUGGAUAAGUGGAAGGAGGAGGGGAGCUGGCCGAUUCUGUAGGCGCGCGCAACUACGCGCGGUCGUGUGAUGCGUGCACAUGGGCAUCACGUGACAGCGUGACGCCUGCGUACGGCUGGCCGGGAAAUUCGCCCCGAAUGUCAGCCGUGAAUCUGUGUACGCCCUCUUCCUCCUCUCACAUGCUUGA